AUGCAUCCGCACGGCCGGCUGCGGCUCUGGCUUUGCCUUGCCUUGGCGGUGCAGCUUCAGGGUGCCCCUGCAGCGUGCACCGGUCAAGCAGCGGUGGCGAGCCCGCUUCCCACUUUGCACUCCGAGCUGCUGGACUUCACGGACAACAGCGAGUACGAUAUCGUGACGGCCUACGAAGUAGACCAAAAGGGGGAUUACAUCAGUCACGCGGUCGCACACCACGAGAGGCUGAAGAGGUCCACGGCAGAGGGGGCCACCGAUGCGUUGCACCUCCGUUUCCGUGGAUUUGGCCAUGACUUCCAGCUUGACCUAAAGACUUCUGAUUUCCUGGUGGCCCCUGGAUUUACAAUACAAACACUGGGCAAGGGGCAAACCAAGUCUGUGCACACGUACCCUGCAGAAGACUUUUGCUUUUACCAAGGUGUCCUGAGAUUGCACAAAAACUCAUCCGUAGCACUUUCAACGUGUGGAGGGCUGUCUGGCUUGAUAAGGACAGAGGAAACGGAUUACUUGCUGAAACCACUGAUCCCAAAUAUUGCACUUAAACAUAACUUCUCUGCUCCUCACGGCCAUCGCUCCCACGUGCUUUAUAAGCGAUCUACUGAGCCUCGGAUGGAGAUCAGUAACGAGGUAACUGCGACUGAUGAGAGGCGAAGGGAGGCGAAUGCACACCGUGACAUUUUUCAAGGAACUCAGCAACAUCGCCGUUCCGAGCAGCCGAAAAAGCAGCACUUUUGUGGGAGGCGCAAGAAAUAUAUGCCCCAGCCUCCCAGUGGAGACACCUACAUCUUACCCGACGAGUAUAAGUAUUUGCUGCGAAACAGGCGGUCCCUCCUGAAGACCCACAAGAACAAGGAGCUGAAUGUGGAGACCUUAGUGGUGGUGGACAAGAAAAUGAUGGAAUCCCAUGGCCAGGACAACAUCACCACUUACGUCCUGACUAUACUCAAUAUGGUUUCUGCUCUGUUCAAGGAUGGGACAAUCGGAGGCAAUAUCAACAUUGCUGUUGUUGGCUUGAUACUUUUGGAAGAGGAGCAGCCAGGCCUGGUGAUCAAGCACCACGCCGACCACACGCUUAGCAGCUUUUGCCAGUGGCAGUCCGGCCUCAUGGGGAAAGACGGCGGCCGGCACGACCAUGCCAUUUUGCUGACCGGUGUUGACAUCUGCUCCUGGAAGAACGAGCCGUGCGACACCUUGGGAUUUGCCCCGAUAAAUGGAAUGUGCAGUAAAUACCGCAGCUGCACCGUGAAUGAAGAUACCGGUCUUGGAUUGGCUUUUACCAUUGCCCAUGAGUCUGGACAUAACUUUGGUAUGGUCCAUGAUGGAGAAGGAAACAUAUGCAAGAAGUCUGAAGGUAACAUCAUGUCACCUACGCUGGCAGGUCACAAUGGGGUCUUCUCCUGGUCUGCAUGCAGUCGCCAAUAUCUCUACAAAUUCCUAAGCUCGGCGCAGUCCUUGUGUCUUGCGGAUCAGCCGAAGCCCGUGCAUGAGUACAAAUACCCAGAGAAGCUCCCCGGAGAGCUGUAUGAUGCCUCCACGCAGUGCAAGUGGCAGUUCGGGGAGAAAGCCAAGCUGUGUAUGAUGGACUUUAAGAAGGAUAUCUGCAAAGCCUUGUGGUGCCAUCGGAUCGGAAGAAAAUGUGAAACCAAAUUUAUGCCAGCCGCAGAAGGCACCAUGUGUGGUUAUGACAUGUGGUGUCGUGGGGGCCAGUGUGUGAAGUACGGGGAUGAAGGACCCAAGCCAACCCACGGCCACUGGUCAGAGUGGUCGAGGUGGUCAUCUUGCUCCAGGACCUGUGGAGGUGGCAUCUCUCACCGAGAGCGAUACUGCACCAACCCAAGACCCUCCCAUGGAGGAAAGUUCUGCGAAGGCUCCGCUCGGAUGCUAAGGCUCUGCAACAGCCAGACGUGCCCGAAGGACAGCCUUGCCUUCCGAGCUGCCCAGUGUGCCGAGUUCAACACCAGGCGGUUCAGAGGGUGGAACUACAAGUGGAAACCCUACACUCAAGUGGAAGACCAAGACUUGUGCAAGCUAUACUGUAUUGCGGAAGGGUUUGAUUUCUUCUUUUCCCUGUCAAACAAAGUCAAAGAUGGGACACCUUGCUCGGAGGAGAGCCCGAAUGUUUGUAUAGAUGGGAUUUGCGAGGUGGUCGGCUGCGAUCUUGUUUUAGGCUCCAGUGCCGUCGAAGACACUUGUGGCGUGUGCAAAGGAGAUAAUUCGAGCUGUAGAAUCUAUAAGGGGCAGUUCACGAAAUCGCACCCUACAAAUCAGUACCACGCACUCGUCACCAUUCCUGCUGGAGCAAGAAGCAUCCGCGUGUCCGAAAUGAAUGUCUCCAGCUCCUAUAUUGCUGUCCGCGGGUCCAGCAAAAAAUACCACCUCAAUGGCUACUGGACUGUGGACUGGCCGGGGAGAUACAAGUUUGCUGGAUCCGUAUUUGACUAUAGAAGGCCGCAUAAUCAGCCGGAGACUCUAAGUGCUUCUGGGCCUAUCAAUGAAAGUGUGGUGAUAGAGCUUCUCUCUCAAGGUAAAAACCUAGGAAUUUCCUGGGAAUAUUCUCUUCCUAAGGCAGAAAGUGAAAGAACAGCAGCACCAAAACACAACUACACCUGGACUGUCACCCAUUCGAAGUGCUCGGUCUCGUGUGGAAUAGGUCAAAUGGUCACAAAAGGAAACUGCUAUGAAGACCUGAAAGUACAAGUGGACACGUCUUUUUGCAACCCCAAGAGCAAACCGGUGACCGGAAUCGUUCCAUGCAAGAUGCCUGCUUGCCGUCCCAGUUGGUCUGUUGGCAACUGGAGUGAAUGCAGCUUGACGUGUGGAGUAGGAGAGAAACACCGCUCCGUUCGCUGCACACAGAGGAUCCAGUACAAACCAGAACAGGUUUCGGACUCUCUCUGUCGGCUUCCUGCCCCAGUCGCCAGGGAGCUCUGCAACACCCAGAGCUGCCCGCCCACCUGGAAUGCCGGUCCUUGGUCCGAGUGCUCGAGGACCUGCGGAAAAGGCUGGCGAAAAAGAGCGGUCAUUUGCAAGCGCGCCAGCCCUUCCCCCUGGGCUCCGGCUCUGCCCGACCUCGCCUGCGCUGCAGAACAGAAACCGCAGGUGCAAGAGGCCUGCCUCCAGAGACGGUGCCAUAAACACAAAAAGCUGCAGUGGCUGGUGACCGCGUGGACCGAGUGCUCUGCGACGUGCGGAAAAGGAGUGCAGAGGCGAAUGCUCAACUGUGCAGAGAAAUACGCGUCAGGAAAGUACAAAGAACUUGCUCCCAAGAGGUGUUCUCACCUGCAGCAGCCAAAUGCAGCCCUGGAGAAGGACUGUGUCCUCAACCUGUGCCCCAGAAGCCCUGCAUACUCACCUCUGAAUCAGGCCAGCUGGGUCACCUCUUCCUGGUCACAGUGCACGGCAACCUGCGGAGGUGGCAUGCAGGUGAGGUCAGUCCAGUGCCUGGCCAGCGGGAGGGUGGCCGCCGGAUGCCUCUUGCACCAGAAGCCCCCGGCCUCUCAAGCCUGCAGCACCAACUUCUGCUCUCUCCCUGCAAAGAAAGAGGCUUUCUGUCUGGAUUACUUCAGCUGGUGCCACUUGGUCCCACAGCACGGGGUUUGCAAUCACAGUUUCUACGGGAUGCGGUGUUGCAAAUCUUGCAUCAAUUCAAAUUUGUGAGGAUCGGGUCUGAA